UCACACUCGAAGCAGAAAAACACACUUCGCCCCUUCUCUCUCUCUCUCUCCGUUCCAAUGGAUUUCCCAAAACCCUCGUUACGCUCCCCCAACCCCAUCCUCUCCCUCUCCUCGUUCAUCCACCAACACUGCCACCGACUCGGCGCAGAACUCACGAAUCGACUCGCCGCCACCUGGCCGCCGCGUCAGAAACGCGUUGGUCUGUUGUCAUCAUCAUCAUCGCCACCAACCUCUUCUUCUCUCCCCUCUUCGCCUUUCGCUUCGGUGUCCCAGCAGGAGGCGGCUCCUCGUCACGUGUUCGACGUCGCUCUGAGCUCCGAUGUCGUUUCGAAGACCCUCGCCGGAACCUCGGUUUACACCGUCAGCAAUUCGGAUAACGAGUUCGUGCUCGUGUCCGAUCCCUGUAGCCUUAAAUCCAUUGGAUUGCUUUGCUUUCGUAAAGAAGACGCCGAAGCCUUUCUAGCUCAAGUUAAGUUACGGAGGGGGGAGUUGCAAAGCAGGGCUAGGGUAGUUCCCAUUACUCUUGAGCAGGUUUACAUGUUGAAUGUUGAAGGAAUUGCAUUUCGCUUUUUACCCGAUCCUGUUCAAAUAAAGAAUGCAUUAGAGCUGAAAGCUUCAAAUGCAAAGAGUGGUUUUGAUGGAGUUCCUGUUUUCCAGUCGGACCUUCUGGUAGUGAAGAAGAGGAACAGACGUUACUGCCCGAUAUAUUUCCGAAAGGAAGACAUAGAAAAGGAACUCUCAACUGUCUCAAGGGCAUCAAGAGGAUCAGGGGUUUCUAAACACAUUAUGGUGGGAAGUUUGGAAGAUGUUCUUAAGAAAAUGGAGAUGAAUAAGACCAACUCUGGAUGGGAAGAUUUGAUUUUUAUCCCACCGGGCAAAAGCCAUUCUCAACACAUACAAGAGGUGAUGAACACAUGAUGCAGAAGCUCUACUGACCAUAUGAGAGGAUUUACAGUUGGUCACACACAGUGCAUGUUUCUAUGGCAUCUAGCAUAGUGGGUGUGCGCGCGUCUUUGUGCUAAGGAUACGAAUUUUUCGGAUGUUCAGAUGAUGGUCUCAAUAGCAGAGGAAGAAACAUAGGGAGGAUGCCACAUGAACUUACAUGUGACUCAGGGAAAGAUUGCAAUUUUUUGAAUUUCAUUUGUACUGAACUGUACUGUACAGUUUGAUCAUUUUGAUAUGCCGUUAGAGUUGUAUUAAUGACGAAUAAGCCCAACGCAAUAGCAUUAGAGUCUGAAUAA